AUGGCUCCAGCGCUGCAAGACAACGGCUCCGACGUCGGGGUGCACCGUCUUCAACUUGCUUUGGACGGAUUCUCCGUGGCUUCCAAAUUGAACGAGCUUCAGACGCAUGAUGAAAAGGUCAGACGGCACCCUUGCUACCCCGUUGAGCUCUCGAUCUGGCAUCAAGUCAACUCAGAACUCGAGAGCCCCACAAAUAUACACCAGCGCUUCUGGUGGAGUCGACAUAGUGGGAAAGUACUUGCUGUCCUUCUACACUAUGCGAGACAUCCUCCAGAACUACAGUAUCGGGAUUUGAAAUUUUUCGCCGAGGUUGUGGCUCCUUAUCUCGGCGUCUCCCACGAGGCCGGGGUUGUGGGAGGGACAAGCCCCUGGCCAAGCUUUGUGACGGACGAUGGCACUCCUGUCGAGCUGAGCUGGGAUUGGGGCACGAGGGAUAGUCUGCCGACAAUACGAUACGCCAUCGAACCGAUUGGAUUGCGCGCGGGCACCUCGCUCGAUCCCCACAACCUAGCCGUCGGACCUGCCUUCCAGGACCAACUUGCGCGGUCCUUGCCGGAGAUGGGACUGGAACUGUUUCGACAUUUCAUUUCCUUCUUCAACGGCCACGUGAACCCAGAGAGGGGCGCUAAAGGGGACGACGGGGACCGUCCAUCCUCCAUCUUCUACGCAUUCGACCUAGCAGCCGAAAUCACGGCCAAGGUAUACUUCUUUCCAAAAAUGAGGGCAACAGCCUUUGGCCAGUCAAACCUGGAAGUCAUAAUGCAAGCAAUCCAUACAACCCCGGGUGUGUCAAACGAAGACCUGGAGGCCUUUGCAGUUUUCCGCGACUUUGCUUCCGAUCCAGUCAACAUAGGUCUGGAAUACGAAAUGCUAGCCACCGAUCUCAUCAGCCUGACAAAGUCGCGUUUCAAGAUCUAUCUUCGUUGCCGCGACACAAGUUUCAAUUCCGUCAUAAACAUAAUGACACUGGGAGGUCGAAUCAGGAGGUCGAAUCUAUAUUCCGGCCUGGUUGACAUCCACCAAUUGUGGAAGGGGCUCUUUGGAGCCAGGCCCCUGGACCAGCCUCUGGGUCAUAAGACCCAUCGCACAGCUGGGAUGAUUUACAAUGUCGAGUUCAGGCUAGGAGACACCGUCCCAGUGACCAAGAUCUACCUGCCUGUUCGGCAUUACUCUAGCAGCGACGCAGCAGUCAUCCAAGGCCUGAACGAUUACUUCCAAGAUCGCCAGAGAGGUAAAUACAUGCCUGAUUACGUCAAGGCCAUGAGCACACUCUCGUAA